GUGAUUGCCGGCCGCGUGUGAUCCCAGCUACAGCUUUUCCUUCGUCUGGUCAAGCGCGACAAUGUCCCGUCUGAUAGUGAAGAACCUUCCACCGUACCUGACACCAGAAGGCCUACGCAAACAUUUUGAGCAGAAUGGAGCACCGCCAGGGACUAUCACAGAUAUCAGAGUGUCCCAUAAACCGGAUGGGACGACCCGACGGUUCGGCUUCGUAGGUUUCAAAUCUGACAAGGAAGCUGCCACAGCAAGAGACUACUUUGAUCGUACGUUUAUCGAUUCGACACGGAUAAGUGUUGCAGUAGUUGAGGGUGCCAAGGACGCACCGGCGCCGAGACCCAGCAAACGGCGACGUAUCGAGCCCGACGAGCCAAUCAGCGCGCAAAACCCACACAAGGACGCAAAGGCCAAGAAAAAUGAGAAGCGAGACCAAAACCAGUUGAAAGCAAAAUCUCAAUUGGACGAGUUCCUCGAGGUAUCGCGUUCCCGGAAAGGACCGUCAUGGGCAAAUGAAAUCAACACUUCUCAUCCUACUUUAUCACCCGAUGAAAAAGAGAAACACAAGACUGUAAGUGAGGUGCAAAAUGACGCAGCUGAUGAUGUAGUGUCGGAUCUGGAGUGGAUGAAACGACGCAUGACAAACCGCAUACCCGAACCAGAAACGGUUUUUCAGCAAGACGAAGAUGAGGACGAGAACAAAAUCGAAGAUCCCGCUCCCCAGCAGGAUAAAGAUCCGACUACGGAGACCAUCCUCCAGACUGGUCGUCUAUUCCUUCGGAACCUUGCUUUUUCAUGCACAGACGCCGAACUACAGGAGCUCUUUCAAUCGUUUGGUGAAAUAGAGCAGGUGCAUAUACCGAUCGAUACCGUUUCAAAGCAACCGAAAGGUCUCGCAUAUGUCAGGUUUAAACAACCAUCUUCUGCAGUCGCUGCUUACGAGGCACUCGACAAGAAGUCUUUCCAGGGUCGAUUAUUGCACAUCCUUCCUGCCGUGGAUCGUAAAGCCAAAUUCGAGGUAACAGACGGAGAUGGGAAGAAGAGAUCGUUGAAAGAGGAGCGCGACGCCAAGCGGAAAGCUACGGCGGGGCGUGACUUCAAUUGGAGUAUGUUAUACAUGAAUAGUGACGCCGUGGCUUCGUCUAUCGCAGAUCGGCUGAACAUCUCCAAGGCUGAUAUCUUGAAUCCCGAGUCUGAUAAUGCAGCCGUGAAGCUUGCCUUGGCCGAGACGCACGUCAUUCAGGAGACAAAAGUAUAUCUAGAGUCGCAGGGAGUUAUCCUCUCGACAUUUUCUUCGCGAGUUCGGUCGGAUACAAUUAUUCUCGUCAAGAACAUACCCUACGGUACCACGGCUGAGCAAAUACGCGAGUUAUUCGAAAUUCAUGGGAAGCUCAGCCGUGUUCUUGUGCCCCCUGCGGGCACAAUGUCAGUAGUGGAAUUUGAGCACGCGGACGAAGCCAAGAAGGCUUUCCGAGCGGUGGCCUACAGGCGACUCGGAAAUUCUAUCAUCUACUUGGAGAAGGGUCCGCUAGGCAUGUUCCAAGAAGCAACAGGAGAUGAAGACAUGACUGCAUCUACCUCCACUGCAUUCAAGCCAAUUACGAUUGCGGAGCAGGAAACGCCCGAUGGUGCUGGCAAAGACGAUGAGCCGCCCCUGUCCGCUGGGACGACGCUGUUCGUAAAGAAUCUUGCGUUCAGCACGACCUCCGAGAGACUCAGGCAAGUGUUCGGCGCUCUACCGGAGUUUUCGUUUGCACGCGUUCAAACGAAGCCGGAUCCUAAACGCCCCGCGGUGCCUGGCGGAGCAGCGCCCCGGCUAAGUAUGGGAUACGGUUUUGUCGGUUUCAAGACACCAGAGGGUGCUAAGAAAGGACUUAAAAGCAUGCAAGGGUUUGUUCUGGACGGGCAUGCUCUCCAUGUGAAAUUUGCGGGGCGCGGGAAAGAGGAAGAGGAAGAAUCUAAGGGUGAGGCAAUUGCCAAGGCGAGGACGACCAAGAUGAUCGUGAAAAACGUGCCAUUCGAGGCGUCGAAGAAGGAUAUCCGAGAGUUGUUCGGCGCACACGGACAGCUCAAGUCUGUUCGGCUACCAAAGAAAUUUGACUCACGAACUCGCGGGUUCGCGUUCCUCGAGUUCCUCACUCGUCGAGAAGCCGAAAAUGCAUUUGCAGCACUCAAACAUACGCACUUGCUCGGUCGGCAUCUUGUGUUGGAGUGGGCUGAGGAGGCGGAGCAGGAUCUGGAGGCUCUACGGAAGAAGGCAGGUGUUGGGUAUGGUGCAGGGACAGAGUUGCCUGGCAGAAAACGGAAGCUCAAUAUCGGCGAGGCUGAGCCUGAUGCUGGGGAUGGAGACUUGGAUUAGCUCGUUAUGUAAUCAAAUGCGAACACGCAACGCGUCUCCCCCCCGGG